AUGAGAACAUCAAAUAUUUUUAAAAUAUUGAUAAUUUUAAAUGAAAUUUUCAUAAUCCUUGCAUUCGGCAUUAAAUUUACCAAUUUGGAGUGUCAUGGUUUUGAUCCGGAAUUUGUGCAAAUUCCCUUGUGUCGCUUAAAAGUGGUGGCUCGUAAUAAGGUUUCUGUAAAUUAUCAUUUGAAAUUGUUGCAGCUUCCCUUAAACAACAAUCUAACGGUUAGAGGUCAAUUGCUGCGCAAAAGUAAUGAGUACCGUCCUUUUAUUUACAAUACUUCGACGGAUUUUUGUCGCUUUUUGAAAAAUGGCCAUAAAUUUUUAUUUUGGAAAAUUAUAUUGGACAUUGCCCGGCCGUUUACAAAUGUCAAUCAUAGCUGCCCCCUUAAUCAUGAUAUUAUAGUGGCAAAUUUGAGUUUAAAUGAAAGUGAUAUGAAAUUGAUAUUAUUUCCUGCUGGUGAUUAUCUAUUACGUUUAUAUCUGGAUGCCUAUCAAAAGCCUAAAAUUAAUAUUAAUGCCUAUUUUGCUAUCAAGGAUAAUUGA